CAUACAGUAAAUGCGUCUUUCUCAUCUUAGCACGCGCUACGACAAACAAAUGUGCUUGUGAUGCAACAUACGAACAGAGUUUUUCUGUGUGUAUGUUUAAUUACAGGAAAGAUCUUAAUUAGAGUGUGCAAAAAAUCUGACUCAGCACAGCACGGAUCUUCUCUUACGUAGAGGCAGCGGCCGUAUCCAAGUCCGUAACUACAGAUCUCAUCAACAUCAUCAUCAUCAUCAUCAUCAUCCUCAACAACAUGGCGCCAGCGUACAGCUGGAUCGCACAUACACGCCAGGGUUUUUUUCCACGAAGUUAGUAAACUAACUAAACGCAGCAUCGCGAAGAUUUGUUCUUGUCUUUCUUUUUACUCUUCAUGUUACCUAGUUAGUUUUCUGUCUUUGAAUGCAGAAAUCGUCAGUUUUUUGUCAUCUUUGGUCACCAAACUCACCUGCUUGCAGAAAGAACAGUCCGUUCUUCACUGGACACUGUUGCUGUAUUUCUCAAAGCGAAAGGAAAGUGAAAACCGAGAUUACGCAGACGGGGAAAGUGCUUUUUCCAGAGAAAUAAGUCAUGUAACUGCUCAAAAGUUGUUUUUCAGAGGAGAUGCUUCUAAACAUGAGUGAAAAUAACUGUCCGCUGGAAGAAAGAGAUAGAGACAGACUUCCUCCCAUAAUAAGUCAUGGCUUGGAUCGUGUUCCGAAGCUCCCUUUUCCCUCUUAUGGAAGCUUCAUCUCCACCCUGAAUCACAAGAGAGAAUCUGGCAGCCACAGUUUCUCCUCUCCACUCCUGUUACCUUCAGUUAAAGUGAGAGAGCUUCCCCCAAUAUGUCCAGAUGUGAGACAGAAGCAUCGUAUCUCUAUUGAUGUUCUCCCUCCAGAAGUAAAGGCUCGGUUCGUCUCAGAACCCAUUAUUCCCAUUCGGACCAAAACUGCCAAAGAGUUUCAGGACGAUGUUGAAAGGGCAACUAUCUCAGGGGAUUGGAAGCUGGUCCAUGAAUUCUACUUGACCACAUUUGACUCCUUUUUGGAAGUCAAUGCUGCCUUUAAGAAAGAAGCAAAUGCUCCCUUCAAUACGAUUGAAGACUCAGGAAUAAACAUCAAAUUUGUCAACAUUGUUUAUGAUGCCUUACUCCACACGCCCGCGGACACACAGAAAUCAGUCCUGAAGGGAAUCAUUAAUAGCUUAUUAAGAGAAUGGAAAGGACCUCGCACAAAGGAUGACCUUAGAGCGUAUUUUGUUCUUGUGCAGAACCCUCAGUACACCAGCUCAGCCACAUAUGUUAUCUAUGCACACUUACUGAGGCAAAUAGCAGCCCUGGCUGAAGCGGACCACCAUUUCCUGAUGCACUGGUUUAAAAAGCUGCCUCAGAAGCGUUUCAAACAGUUGGUGGAGCGCUUGCAGCUCUUCAUCACAAACCGCCUAUUUCCUUCCAAGCCAGAAGAGUUGCCGCCCAUGGCCAAAUGUUCCUGGUGGAUUCCCUCAGCCACUAAAGUCCUCUCCCUGCUCAAUGCGGCAAACAGCAUUUCCUCUUCCCCUAUCGUUCCUUUCUCUGAUUUCUACAACCUGACGCUGGACCACAUUGAUUUUAUGGAGGAUUACCAUACAUGGCAAGCUCAUGGAAAUUCAAACAGGUUCACCUUCUGUCAGUUCCCCUUCAUCCUGUCCACGGUGGUGAAGAAGGCCAUCAUCCAGAGAGACUCUGAGCAGCAGAUGAUUAGCAUGGCAAGGCAAACCCUGGUGGACAAGGUCUCUCGCAGGCAGAGGGUUGAUAUGAGUCUGCUGUUUCUCAACAUUAAAGUUAGGCGUCUGCAGCUGGUCAGUGACUCACUGGAUGAGCUUUCGAGAAAGCGAGCAGACCUGAAGAAAAAACUGAAAGUGACGUUUGUUGGGGAAGCGGGAUUGGACAUGGGUGGACUCACAAAAGAGUGGUUUCUUCUCCUGAUUCGACAGAUUUUUCACACUGACUAUGGCAUGUUCACAUAUGUGAAAGAGUCCCAGUGUCAUUGGUUCAGCAGCUGGAAAUGUGACAACUACUCUGAGUUCCGAUUGGUUGGAGCUCUCAUGGGCUUGGCUGUGUACAACAGCAUCACACUGGACAUCCGCUUCCCUCCCUGCGUCUACAAGAAGCUGCUGACCCCGCCCAUUAUGCCAUGUGAACUCGACACCCCCGUCGGCAUGGCGACCCUCACCCUGGACGACCUCCAGCAGAUAAUGCCUGAUCUUGCUCAUGGACUUGGGGAGCUCCUCAAUUAUGAAGGAAAUGUUGAAGAGGACUUCUAUACCACCUUUCAGGUUUUUCAGGAAGAACUCGGAGUGGUCAAGUCAUAUAACCUGAAACCAGCAGGGGACAAGAUACCUGUAACCAACCUAAACAGAAAAGAAUAUGUCCAGCUCUACAUUGAUUUCCUGCUUAAUAAGGCCAUCUACAGACAGUUUGCUGCUUUCUAUCAAGGUUUUCACAGUGUAUGUGCAUCCAAUGCCCUGAUGCUCUUGAGGCCAGAGGAGGUUGAGAUCCUAGUUUGUGGAAGUCCUAAUCUGGACAUGAGCUCUCUGCAGCGAGUGGUACAGUACGAGGGCUACAGCAAGACUGACGCCACCAUCCGGGCCUUCUGGGAUGUCGUCCUGGCCUUUCCUUUGGAACUACAAAAGAAACUUCUCCACUUUACAACAGGAAGUGACCGCGUUCCUGUUGGAGGAAUGGCCGACCUCAACUUCAAGAUCUCCAAGAUUGAUGUAUCCACUGACUGGCUGCCAGUGUCGCAUACAUGCUUCAACCAGAUCUGUCUACCUCCAUACAAGAGCAAAAAAGAACUAAGGCAAAAGUUAACAAUUGCCAUUUCAAAUUCAGAAGGCUUUGGAUUAGAGUAGAUUACAGUUGCCUCAGUAGCAGGCUGAUCUCAUGAAAAUUACGUGACUAUGGCGACAUUUUUGCAAAAUGAUAUUAAGUGGCGCCUUACACAUAUUGCAGCAGUUCCAAGGUGAAAUGUCCACUGAGUGAUGCUAAAAGCGAGUUUUAAGGGUAAUGCUCUCUCGAGCCUACCUCCUUGCCCUAAACCUUCAUUCUAAACCUAACCAAUAGUGUCACAAAAAGCAAAUGUGACAUAAAAGAUGCAAUUGCUGAAGCGACCAUAUCAUUUUGUGGUGCUUUUAUAACACUUUCGUCUCACAUUUCGACUCACGAGGACUCGUAACCCAAUCCUUUGCAUCACAAGUGCAAUAUUCUAUCAGUUGCGCCCGAACAAGCUUGUAAAUGUAGUUUUUCAAAUGUUAAAAUGUAUCGCCUUCCAAGACAUGCACUAUUGUAAAAGUUUUUUGAUGUUUUGAAGAUAAUAAUGUGUGAGGAAAAGGGCGAAAAGUUAAUGUUUAUGAGUAGAUAAUCUGCCGUUGUUUUAGCGCUUCUAGUGUUUCACCAAAAAACUGCCAUGAUACGUCCAAUGAGCCUAGUAAAAUUCAUUUCGCAAAACUGUAGGUAUAGUAAUUUGAUUCAAUGAGACCAGGUUGCUCUGUAGAUAUUAGAGUUGCGCUUCAUUAAAAAUGGAAUUUGCAUUGAGGUUGCUAACUGGAUGGAGAAUUGUAAUUUGAAUUUGAACUUAAAGAAGAAUUCAAAUGGAAUUAAAUAAAGAAAAUUGAUUUUUUUUUUAUGCAUCACUUACCCUUAAACAUCAAUGUUUUACAUGCCAACUAUAUACAGUACAUUUAUAUUUGAUAAAUAUAUUUCAUAAUAUUUAGUAAAUUAACUUUAAUUUUCCUGGAAGAACACUUCCCAGAAUGCCAUUAUUUCUCAUGGUGAUUUUUUCUGAAAUGCAAUUCAGUAUUCCAAUUCAACAUCCUGUGACCAGUUCAAUUCAAAUUCUCAUGAAUUUAAUGGGAGCCAAUUCCUAAAAUCUGCGAUUUGCCCAACAUUGGUAGAGAUGAUAAUCUAAGGUCAUGGCUGUUUUCAGUGUGUGUUUGGUGGAAGAAGUUUUAAUACUUGUUAACAAUAUCAGGUAAGCAUGAGGAUUACGCACAGCAUUAAAAUGUAAGGUCUAGAUGUAAAGUUUCAGCAGUAGCCAAUCAAAAUGAUUGUGUUGUAUUGUGGAUUGUGUGUACAGUGUAGUAUUUUUUGUGAACCAGGGUUCUAUGAGGAAUCCAGUUAAGCUAUUUGUCUUUAGUCAUUAUGUACAGUAAUUUGGACUCAUCAAAUAUGACUGCUGUCUUAGUGAAGGACCAAACAUUUCAUGUUGUAUUAGAAUAUUUGGACUAUAUGACUAAUAUAGAUUAAGUUUAUUUUAACUGCAUAUUGCUGACAUGUGAAAUUAAAAAGGUUUAGGAUUUUCUCUUUAACAUGGGCCUGGUUUUAUGUCCCAUGCUCCCCUAUUUAAAUGGUGGUAAGUGGGUCAGUAAGAGGCUUGAUCUCUGCUAAAAUAGCUGGGCAAACAGUCUGUCAAACCAUCCCUACAUUCUUAAAGAGACAGCGCUCUGUCUCCCAGGAUACGAGAGCCCACAGUUAAUAAAAGCUUCUAUGUGAAAUGUUUCUGGUGAGCUGUUAUAACUUAAAUGUUAAUAAACCAGAGCUUUGGUUUGUGUCUGAGCUCAAACAUCACAGUUUUGUUGCGUAUAGUUUAGUAAUCGUUGACAACUCUUUCUUAACCUCUCUUGGGCAUGAACGGAAUAUUACUAAAGUGACUGUUGUGAAUUAUUUGCACGUGUCAGUGAAUGUUGUCAUGUUUGUUGACUAGCCAUAAUGAGGAUGGACAAUUUGUGCUGGUUUCUUUUUAUCUUGAGUGAUUCUGGUUAUUCUUCAAAUAGACUGGUAGACAGCAGUAUUGACAACAAACAGUUUAAGAUUAUUUUAUUUUACGACACAUGCCCUGCCUUGUGAUAUCAGUAGGAAUGAAUCUUUGAGGUUAAUUGGUCAUUCUCCCCUUCUUCUAGCUUGGCUCCUGUGAUUGGAUACACUAAGGUGUCAUAUUUUCACAUAUUUCUGCCUUAUUAUUGGUCACUGCCUGUGGGGUUUGGACUAUGCCAUCUGAUUUUCAAUGGACUCACACAGUGGCUUUAACUGCAUUUAUCUCUUGUAUUAUCUGUCAACCUGAAUCACUUCAGUGUUAAUGCUUUGGUUUUAUGUUUUCUAAUGACUGAAUACAAAUGUAUUUACAUGUAUUUAUUUGAACUUUGCUCAUUUUUAAUGAAUAAAGUUAUACAGUAAAGUGUU